AUGGAAUCCAAUUCAAUAAUUCUACCAAAUAACAACAAUGGUGGAGGAGAGGGCAAUGACAGUUUAAUAUUAUGGAGGUUAACAUUACAGAUGACAAGUGAUUUGAUAGAUUUAAUGUAUAAAGAGGGUGAAAUACCAUUGAAAAGAUUGAAUGCAACAAGACCAAGAUUUGAUUAUUUAGAUUUAAAUAUAUUUGUUUUGUGGUUUAAUUAA